CUAGGUGCAUCUACGGCUGCGCAGGGGCGAGUUUCAGAAGCGCAGACAGAACUACUUUGAGAGGAAGUGGGAACUUUCCAAUUAUGAAAAAUGAGGAUUUCUCUUCGGGGCUGUAGGAUGAACAUCCUUCGAAAGGCACAUCUGAUACUAUUCGCACUUCUGUUUAUCUUGGUUGGGGCAUCUCUGACAUCUAUGCUUCCCCAGACCGUGGACACAGAUGAUGGCGAGGUCAUGGGUGUUCUUCGCCGAAAAGCUAAUUCAUCUCCUCAAAUGAAGGAUUUUUUUACUAUAGUAAUCCAGACAUACAAUCGAACAGACAUCCUUCUGAAACUCCUCAAUCACUACCAGGCAGUGCCUCACCUGAGACAGAUUGUCAUCGUAUGGAACAACAUUGGAGAACGGCCGCCACGGCAGUUAUGGGAAUCCCUUGGUCCGCAUCCUGUCCCUAUUGUCUUCAAGGAGCAAAGCGUUAAUCUUAUGCGAAACCGCCUGCAGUCAUUUCCGGAGAUAAAUACAGAUGCUGUACUAAUGGUGGAUGAUGACACGCUGGUUAGUGUUCCUGACAUCACCUUUGCCUUCUCUGUCUGGAAGCAAUUCUCUGAUCAGAUUGUGGGCUUUGUACCACGCAAGCAUGUGACCACAGCCUCUGGUGUUUACAGCUAUGGUAGCUUUGAGCUCCUGGACACUGAAACUGGUGGAGGUGACCGGUACUCCAUGGUUCUGGUUGGUGCUGCCUUCUUCCACCGGCGCUACCUGCAGCUCUUCCAGGACCAACCCAGCCAGGUGCACGCCCUGGUGGACGAGACACAGAACUGCGAUGACAUCGCCAUAAACUUCGCCGUAGCCCUCUGGUUGUCACGGCAGGACAGGUCAAAAGCACGCCCCUCUGGGGUUCUGGUAAAGCCUGUGGACAUCCGCAACCUGGAGCGGGAUGCAAGGAGCGGGUAUGUUGGCAUGUGGCACCGGCCCGAACACAUGCUCCAGCGCUCCUACUGCCUGAACCGUCUGGCGCAGAUUUACGGCAGCAUGCCCCUGCUUUACUCCAACAUCAUGCUCACACAGUUUGGCUUCCCGAGCUAUGCCAACCACAAGAGCAAGAUAUGAAGGACUUUCAGAGGUAUGGCACAGUUUGUAGGCUGCAGGGUGUGUCAGACAGAACAGGUUUUUCAGAUGGUUUGAAUGCUUUGUGGUGGUUUGGAAUAAGGGUGAAAUGUAUGUGCAAGGUUAUUCAAUGUGAGGGUUUAAGGACCUCCUGACAAUCGUGUGAAUCACAGGGUAGUCAUCAGCUUUCAAAGACAAGCCAUUUUACAAUUUAAUGUUUGCAUUGGGUACAUGGCUAAGUAAAUGGGGGUCAGCAUUUUACCAACCACUUUUCCAUUUAGAAGAUACUGACAAGAGGCUUUUGAGGCUUUGUUUGCUGUCUUAAAAGACACUCUCUAGGAAAAUUUGAGUAGUCUCAUUUAAAACAAAUUCAUUAAGGUUACUGGAUGAGUAACAUGUACAUGUCUAUGUACCUGUUUCUGAGCCAGGGAAGAUUUUUUUUGUUUGUUUUUUAAAACGUUUGCAAUGACAACGCAAAGCCAAUAGAUGGCUCUCAAGAUUUGACGGAGGUACAGACGCUUCUGCUGUUUGACCUCAGCCUGCUCCCCUCCAUCGAUGACGUGAAACUACAAUGCUUAAGGGUUCUUGGGAAUGGAAACGUUAAAUAGGUAAUCAAACAUUAUCUUCAAAAAGGAUUUGCUUUCAAAUUCUAAAGGUGCCAAUAUGUAUCAGCUUUUUCAAACUAAUUUCAACUUUAUUGAGUAAUUUUCUAUAGACACACAAGAACGUAAAAGAUUAUCCUAUGAAACUCUGAGGUUAUGUAGAAGGUGAUAUAACUUCUUUUCUCUUUAUAUACCUUAUGACCUGUCAUUGACAAGUGACACAAUAGAAUCCUAUUAGGCCUCAAGAUAGUGAGACUCUUAACUUGACCACUCUCUAUCUAAUUUAUGGUCACCAAUUCCCAAUUUCGUUCAGAACUCACCAAAAUAACUCAACUGAAUCACCGUAUGCUACCCACAGUGAUCCAGUUCAGUUAUUUUUGGUGAUUUUGUGUCUUUUUUUUCACACACUCACAGAUACACUGUGUGGAUCCGUCUGUGUGCACGUUCGGCAUAUAAAGAAAGGUAUAUUAAUAUUAGGGACUUUAUUAUCCACUGGCCCUUGUCCCAAAUAAUGUUGUACUUGGUGGUGGUUUUGAAGCCUAUACAAUUUGGCAUUCUGUUAUUCCCCAUGUCGUCCCUUUCCUACUUUUUCUUUGACUAACUGGCCUGGAAGCAAGGAAAAGAAAACUACUUAAAACUACUAAAAAGAAGUUUAAAAAAAAUACUACUCUGCGAAAGCACUUGUCGUUUCUUCUAUAAACACUGGUUUUGGUAAUUAAGGAAAUCUGAACAACUGAACCGUCCCUGGAAAAUGUUUAUUGGAAUUGUACUUGCAAACCUAUAAGACAGGUGUAUACCAAAGAGUUUGUAAUUUAUUGAAGUGAAAUGUCUCUUCACAUGUUGCUCAUACAUACACUGAAUACAAAAUAUGUAAAUCCUA